CCUGGAACGCCGAUAUCUACCCCCCUCUCAAAGCGCACGUCAAACCGGAAGAUCUGCACUGCCCGAAGAAUCGCAUGAGUGGGUUAUGGACCCCGGAGCAACCGCUGUGGAAAACGUUGAAGGCAGAGAAGAAGAAUACUAUUCUAUUCACGGGCGUGAAUACGGAUCAGUGCGUGCUCGGAACAUUGGUCGAUGCGUACAACGCGGGGUGGAACUGUAUCUCGAUCGAUGACUGUUGUGGUACUACCACGGUAGGCGGCAAGGAGGUGUCACUUCACAAUAUUGCAUCCUCGUAUGGGUUCGUGACGAAUAGCACCGGAUUUAUAGCUGCAGAGUAAUGUGUGCCAAGUAUAAUCGUUUCGAUUUGUAUGCAUGUGUGUUGCAUGUGUCUCGUGAGAGCUUUGUACAGAUGUGUACGUACAGUCCAUCGUUUCAUCGUUCCAUUUACAUCUUCCUCGUCCCAUCGUUCCAUCUACAUCUUCCGCGUCCCAUCGUUCCAUUUACAUCUUCCGCGUCCCAUCGUUCUUCCAUCCACAUCUUCCUCGUCCCAUCGUUUGACAGGCUCGUAUGCCGCUAUGUCCCAGUUUCAGUUCCCAGUUCCCUGUGUUCCCAUGUCUCCCAAAGAACGCCAAUCCCAAUGCAGAUAUCGGGUUUCAAAAUCCCAGGACUUCUCAUCCACUCUGAACAUUCACAUCUCCAACACAAACGCCAUAGGUGCAGCACGCAGAUGGAUCCAAUUGACCGUUAAGGAUAAGAUCUCUGAUUUCGUCUGGGCAUUUUAUCGGUGUGGAUGUAACGAGAGAGAUGGUGCUGAAGACGCAAGCCGCCAGGGCAAGCAAAGCCGGAGAGGAAGUGCGCAUGGUAUUGUCUUCAAGCGAUAGUAGUCCAGCCGAAUCGAAGAAGAUAAUGAUACCAAAAGCAAGCUUGCUGAUACUGUUAUACCAGGUGCUUGAGGCAGUUUUCCAUCCGAGAAGAACGAACACAGUUCGUCCUCGGUGAUGAUAUCUCCAACGAGAGCAAGGUAGCGAGUGACGUGGGGCAACGAUGGGAGGUUUUAGAAGAAGAGAAGUGUUUACUCAGUACGCUCACGCAGUACACGAGGUCUCG